UCAAAUAUCAAUAUAAAUAUAGUUGUAAACUUACAAUUAAUAAAAAUAUAGUUAAUGUAGUUGUUUAAGUUAUAUAUGUAUUUAUAAAUAUAUAAUGUGUUUCAUUUUAAAUUUUCUAUGUUGUCGGCCGAGUUAACCGCAUAAGUAACUUUCAUAGCACACUUGCUUGACAUAACAAAUUGAUAAGAGCUUGAUAACAAUAUGUUAUCGGAAAUUUUAUAAUAAAAAUAGUCGUUGAAAUCUUAUAUAUACACUUAAUUCAAGCAAUUACCUUUUAUUUAGUUACGCAUCCUCUUACAACUGAAAUAUUAUUUACAUCGAAACUAACAACGAAAAUUUAUUAAAAUGAAGUUUUGUGCGAAUCUUGCAUUUAUGUUUACGGAAAGCUCAAGUAUAUUAGAAAGAUACGCUCUAGCAAAAGAUGCGGGGUUUAGAGCAGUGGAAUCUGGAUUUCCUUUGGGUUACUCUUUGGAGCAAGUUAAACAAGCAAAAGAAAUGGCUGGUAUUGAACAAGUAUUAAUUAAUCUCAAGACAGGAGACGUAACUAAGGGGGAAUUAGGAGUAACUGCUGUACCAGGCAAAGAAAAUGAAUUCAAAGACAAUUUAAAGUCAACUAUUGACUAUGCAAAAGCUCUUGGUGCCCAAAAAAUUCACAUUAUGGCUGGAAAAUUGGAAAAUGUAUCCUCUGAAAAUUGGACAACUUAUGAAAAUAACUUGAAAUAUGCAGCAAGUGUUUUGAAGAAUGAAAAUAUAUUAGGUGUCAUUGAACCUAUAAAUCAACACUCUGUGCCUAAAUAUUUCUUAAGUGACUUUCAGAAAGCUGUUGAUAUAAUCAAAAGGAUAAACAGUGACAAUCUAAAAUUGCAAUUGGACAUUUUCCACCUGCAACAUAUCUGUGGUGAUCUCUCAUACAAUAUCAAGAACCUAAUGCCAUACGUGGGUCAUGUGCAGAUAGCUCAAGUCCCAAACCGUAACGAACCAAACACACCAGGAGAAAUCAACUACAAGUACAUACUUGAGCACUUGCAGAGAUGUGGCUACAAUGACUGGAUAGGCCUUGAAUAUAAACCAGCUGGCAACAGUAAAGAGGGACUCAAAUGGGUCAAAGAAUAUGGAUACACUUUGUGAUGUAAAAAGAAUAUGUUGUAAAUAUGUUUAUAUGAAAUACUGGUGAGAAUUCUGUAAAUAAAACGAAUUUCUAGUAGUUGGUUUGUAAUAUUAAAAAAACUCAUAAUUAACACAAGCCAUAAAUAACAUUUAUACAUUUUGAAAUUGUUGUACCCAAUAGUGUUUUUUGACUCCAUCUAAGGACAGUCUUUCUUUGCUGGUAUGUCGUAGAAGCUGGAAAAAAAUCGAAAUUAUUAUAAUAUUUUAUUUGAUAUAAAAAACCCCACUGGCAUUUACAAAAACAAGAAAAAUCGAUGCUAGUAGACUAGUACAGUAGGAUACAAUAUGCAAUUACAACUAUUUAUACUUUUUAAAUUAACAAAACUACAUUUUAAGAAUGAUAUUAUAAAAAUUAACCAUCUAUACAAAACCUAAAUAUUCCAUUAAAAAAGUAUCUAAAAUACCUUCGAAAUGAGGUCCUUAGCUCCUUCAGGUACAUGUUCUGGGUAUGUCAUAUCUAGUGUUAAAAUCCUUGCAUAUGUUUUGUCUUGGCCUUCACUUUCAAAGGGUGGUUUUCCGACUAAGAACUCAUAGAGUAAUACACCGAUACACCAGUGGUCAACAGAUACAUCAUAAACCUCUCGUCUGAUCAUCUCUGGUGGUAGAUAAUCAAGAGUUCCACACAUAGUUUUUCGUCUGUAAAAGUUUAUUUAGUUUUGAAGAUAUGAUGAUAAUAAUUAGUA